CACACACACACACACACACACACACACACACACACACACACACACACACACACACACACACGCACCGUCAGCCUGGGUGCAUCAGUCCUCAGCGGUGGGCGAAGUCUCCCAGCAGACCAGAAGCAGCAGCAACCCGGGCCGGUCCAGCUUCAGGAUGUUCCGGUACACCCCACCCUGGAAGGUUCUGGUUCACACUCUGGACCAUAACGCACAGUUAAGAUCACAGAGACUCUCAAGCGCUGACCAUCAGGAUGAUUUGACUCCUCCCUCUUUUCCGAGUUCUGUUUAUCUACAUCGUCCACCUGAGCCUCCACCCCGUCCUGACUCCAUAGCGCCCUCUGCAGACAUGGACAGUAACCCAAAACUGUGGGAGCUGAAGCCUCUCUCGCCCCUGUUGCAACCAUCAGACCUGCGCACCAUUGCUGGCCCCCCCCCCACCCUGGUUGACCUGGACACCCCCCCUGGUAGCAUCCUUGUGUCUCACAACCAGUCCUUGGUGGUGGUCUCUUCACCCCACAGCGAGGAGUCGCACAACAUUCUGAUCCAGACCCGGCAUGUUGCAGUGUCUGAGGAUGGCAGUGCCAGCGAUGAUUGGCAUCCCAGCAGCCCCAGCAGCACUUCUGGCUCUCAGUGCGGGUUUUAUUCCUUUGUGGAGGACCCCACCAGUCCUGAAGCAGAGCAGAACGAGGCCUGGAUGACGUCCCCGCAGCGACAGGCUUACCUGGCCACCCUGAAGGAGGAGCAGGGAUUCAAACUACAGACCUACAGCAGCAACAAGAAGCCAGAGAGCUUGUUCUCAGAGAGCAAUGGAGACUCGCGCUAUGAACUGGGUCCCUCCAACGAUACUGAGCCGGUCGGCGAGGAACAGGACGAGCAGCUCCGGAAGGAGAUAAUCCGCAGCCAAGCCCCCAGAAGGAAUCCAACAGAUCCAAGCCAGUCUGCAGACAGGCUGAUGGAAGGCUUUAGUCUGAGCUACAGUCCUGCCAACUCCGGAGCAGAACCCCAUCAAACCAUCGAACCUGACGCCAUUGACGUGGAGCAAAUUAACUUCAAUGCAGCCCGACAGCAGUUCCUGAAGAUGGAGCAGGACCGGCUUGCAGCAAUCCUCAGCUCUAACAGGUCCUCCAGGACAAGCCUGAGCUCAGGUCUCCACCCAGUCUCUAAAGAGGCCAGGAAGGUGGAGGAGGACAGAUACAACACAAUGAAGUUCACAUCAGGAGAAGAAGAGAUGAAUCAGCAGAAGCUGGUCAAGGUGACCCAACAUGAAGACAGCAGUGUCUUUGAUGACCUGGACUCUGGUCUAGAAGAGCUGUCUGUGGGAUACGCCAACGAUGAUGGCACCGGGGAGUCCACAAAGGUCAAUGAGACCCCCAUCGAACGGGAGAUCCGGUUAGUUCAGGAACGUGAGAAGAACCUGCGUCGCUCUCGGGGCCUGAGCCACAGCAAUCCUGGUGCAGAGAUAGUCCAAAUCAAAACCAGACGUUUACAGCUGAAUAAGACCUCCAUCCAAGCCGAAGAGAAUGACCAAGUGGGCUUCAUUGGCCAAAGCGAGGUCCAAAAACAGACCCAGAGGAGGGAGAACCCCCAGCAGCAGGGACAGUCCCUGCAACAGUACCAAGAGCCAACACAGGAUGUGAAGCUGGAGAAAAAAGAUGAGGAUGGGAGGUUCAGAGAAAGGCCUGGGUUUGAGUCUGCAGGAGAUGAAGGUUUCCCGUCUCCUUGCUGUCCUCAUCGACAUCCUGAAGAACCGGUGUUCCGUGAAACAAAUCUGUCUACUUCCUCUUAUACGGAGAAGGACUCUGUGGUCCAGGAAAGGAGGCGGUUCUACCAAGAUACGCUAUCGUCGUCCUCCUCCUCUCACCAUGAAGAUGUGUCCCGUUCCUGGAGAGAGAAUCUGGAGCCCACCGGCCUGAAGUCCAGAGGACAAGGAGCUCCAGAUUUUAUCGAGAAGGAGAUCGAGGAGGCUUUGAGACGGGAGCAGGAACUCCAGGAGCUGAGGGAGUCCAGGAAAGAGACUCGCAAAGUGGUCUUCACUCCAGCUCCUCUGAUGGAUCAGGCAACAAAGAUGGCCACAAGGCAGUUCUACCCCCCCACACACUUGGAGAAACCCGUCAAUCUGGCCUCCCCCAUUCUUCGUCCUGCCAUCGGUCCGUCCUUCACCUCCUCCCCCUCCUCCCCUGUGGGGAUUCAGCCGGCCCUCCGGGCCCCUCGAGGUCUGACGGAGUCUCUGCUGCAGGACUUCGAGGAGCGUCGAUCGAAACUGAAGCAGGAGGAGAACUCGUACGCAGGAAUCCAGCUGGUCGACAACGUCAACAAUGAGCUGGUGGAGUCGACUCGAGUCGUUCGGCAUAAGAGCCAGCGAGCCCUGCGCUGGGAGGCCGGCGUGUUUGCUAACCAGGACGACGAGUGAGCCCUGCAGGGCCGGGUUUGGACCGGAGCCGGGUCCAGACCUGUGGGGACGGUCCACCCUGAGGACUUCAGCAGCAGAGUGAGCUGAGACGGGACGUUUUGAAUAGAGCAGGCUGCUCCUGAAUGGCUACUCGCUUCGUCCAAUCAGCUUCUGAGUAGAGCAGACGCCUUCAGACGACCGCCGGUGCUUGUUUGGUCGACAGACUUUGAACCUGAUAUCAAAACAACUGGACUUUGUAGUUGCUGAUGAUUUGAAGCUGAUGAAUCUAGAAAUGAAGAAAGAAUAAAACUAUUUUUUUGUUCUCA